GAAAGCGGCUGGGCUAGCUGGCGGGCGGAGAGCGCAGAGCCAGCGAGCGAGCGAGCGAGCGAGCGAGCGGGAGCCCGAGCCCGGCGCCGCGCUCCACUCCGAUUCUCUCCGCGCCAGAGCCGGGCGCGCCAGGAGCUGGGUCCCUUCUCAUCUCUCUUCCUGUCUGUCCUUUCCUGGUCCCCGUUUCCUCCUCUCUUUGCCUUUGCUGCUUCUACCCUCAUCCCCUGGAGACCCAGGUCUGCUGGACCCAUCCAUCCCCUUUGGGGCCAUGGGAUCGCUGCUUGGGCUCCUGGCACUGCUGCUGCUGUGGGGUGCUGUGGCUGAGGGCCCGGCCAAGAAGGUGCUGACCGUGGAGGGGGACCUGGUGCUGGGUGGGCUGUUCCCAGUGCACCAGAAGGGUGGCCCAGCAGAGGACUGCGGUCCUGUCAACGAGCACCGUGGCAUCCAGCGCCUGGAGGCCAUGCUUUUUGCACUGGACCGCAUCAACCGCGACCCGCACCUGCUGCCUGGUGUGCGCUUGGGCGCGCACAUCCUCGAUAGCUGCUCCAAGGACACACACGCCCUGGAGCAGGCACUGGACUUCGUGCGUGCCUCGCUCAGCCGUGGUGCUGAUGGCUCACGCCACAUCUGCCCUGAUGGUUCUUAUGCCACCCACGGUGAUGCUCCCACUGCUAUCACUGGUGUCAUCGGUGGCUCCUACAGUGACGUCUCCAUCCAGGUGGCCAACCUCCUGCGGCUAUUUCAGAUCCCGCAGAUCAGCUAUGCUUCCACCAGUGCCAAACUGAGUGACAAGUCCCGCUAUGACUACUUUGCCCGCACAGUGCCCCCUGACUUCUUCCAAGCCAAGGCCAUGGCUGAGAUUCUCCGCUUCUUCAACUGGACCUAUGUGUCCACGGUGGCAUCUGAGGGUGACUAUGGUGAGACAGGCAUUGAGGCCUUUGAACUGGAGGCCCGUGCCCGCAACAUCUGCGUGGCCACCUCAGAAAAAGUGGGCCGCGCCAUGAGCCGUGCGGCCUUUGAGGGUGUCGUGCGAGCCCUGCUGCAGAAGCCCAGUGCCCGCGUGGCUGUCCUGUUCACCCGUUCUGAGGAUGCCCGUGAGCUGCUUGCUGCCACCCAGCGCCUCAACGCCAGCUUCACCUGGGUGGCCAGUGACGGCUGGGGGGCCUUGGAGAGUGUGGUGGCAGGCAGCGAGGGGGCCGCUGAGGGCGCCAUCACCAUCGAGCUGGCCUCCUACCCUAUUGGAGACUUUGCCUCUUACUUCCAGGGCCUGGACCCCUGGAACAACACCCGGAACCCCUGGUUCCGUGAGUUCUGGGAGCAGAGGUUCCGCUGCAGCUUCCGGCAGCGAGACUGUGCAGCCCACUCUCUGCGGGCUGUGCCCUUUGAGCAGGAGUCCAAGAUCAUGUUUGUGGUAAAUGCAGUGUAUGCCAUGGCCCAUGCGCUGCACAACAUGCACCGCGCCCUCUGCCCCAACACCACUCGCCUCUGUGACGCAAUGCGGCCAGUCAAUGGGCGCCGCCUCUACAAGGACUUUGUGCUCAAUGUCAAAUUUGAUGCCCCCUUCCGCCCAGCAGACACCCACAAUGAGGUCCGCUUCGACCGCUUUGGUGACGGUAUUGGACGCUACAACAUCUUCACCUAUCUGCGGGCAGGCAGUGGGCGCUAUCGCUACCAGAAGGUGGGCUACUGGGCAGAAGGCCUGACCCUGGACACCAGCCUCAUCCCAUGGGCCUCACCCUCGGCCGGCCCCCUGCCCGCCUCUCGCUGCAGUGAGCCCUGCCUCCAGAACGAGGUGAAGAGCGUGCAGCCAGGCGAGGUCUGCUGCUGGCUCUGCAUCCCAUGCCAGCCCUAUGAGUACCGGCUGGACGAGUUCACCUGUGCCGACUGCGGCCUGGGCUACUGGCCCAAUGCCAGCCUGACUGGCUGCUAUGAGCUGCCCCAGGAGUACAUUCGCUGGGGCGAUGCCUGGGCCAUAGGACCUGUCACCAUCGCCUGCCUGGGUGCCCUGGCCACCCUCUUUGUGCUGGGUGUCUUUGUGCGGCAUAAUGCCACGCCAGUUGUCAAGGCCUCGGGUCGGGAGCUCUGCUACAUCCUGCUGGGUGGUGUCUUCCUCUGCUACUGCAUGACCUUCAUCUUCAUUGCCAAGCCAUCCACAGCAGUGUGCACCUUGCGGCGCCUUGGUUUGGGCACUGCCUUCUCUGUCUGCUACUCAGCCCUGCUCACCAAGACCAACCGCAUUGCACGCAUUUUCGGCGGGGCCCGGGAGGGUGCCCAGCGGCCACGCUUCAUCAGCCCCGCCUCGCAGGUGGCCAUCUGCCUGGCACUUAUCUCAGGCCAGCUGCUCAUCGUGGCUGCCUGGCUGGUGGUGGAGGCACCGGGCACGGGCAAGGAGACAGCCCCUGAGCGGCGGGAGGUGGUGACAUUGCGGUGCAACCACCGUGAUGCAAGCAUGCUGGGCUCGCUGGCCUACAACGUGCUCCUCAUUGCGCUCUGCACGCUCUAUGCCUUCAAGACCCGCAAGUGCCCCGAGAACUUCAAUGAGGCCAAGUUCAUUGGCUUCACCAUGUACACCACCUGCAUCAUCUGGCUCGCAUUCCUGCCCAUCUUCUACGUCACCUCCAGUGACUACCGGGUGCAGACCACCACCAUGUGCGUGUCGGUCAGCCUCAGCGGUUCUGUGGUGCUUGGCUGCCUCUUCGCGCCCAAGCUGCACAUCAUCCUCUUCCAGCCUCAGAAGAACGUGGUUAGCCACCGGGCACCCACCAGCCGCUUUGGCAGUGCCGCUGCCAGGGCCAGCUCCAGCCUCGGCCAAGGGUCUGGCUCCCAGUUUGUCCCCACCGUUUGCAACGGCCGUGAGGUGGUGGACUCGACAACAUCAUCGCUUUGAAGACCCGACACUCCUGCCCUGACAUGGCUGCUCCCUGGAACGCAGCGCAGACCCGCGUGCAGGGCCAGGAGGAAGUUGGCUGGAGCACUGCAAUAAUGCCCAUCCUAUGUUCGCCCCAAAGUCACUUACCCACCUACUUGCCCCAACCCUUCAGAGUCAGAAGUCAGGGGCCUUGGCCAGGGAGCCUCUGCAAUGACCAACAACUGCCCUUGCAGCUGUAUCCCCUCCUUGCCAGCCCCAGGGCUCAGAGGGAAGCGAGCCAAGGUCCACUCUGCCCUGGAGCGGGGUGGCUGAGGACUGCAGGCCCCAAUCCUGAUCAGCAAAGGUGCUUCCAGCCCAGCUCCUCCCCCAUUCUAGGGCCUUUUUUAUUUUUUAUAUGUUACUCUGGGAUAGGGAGGGUGGUUAUUGUGGGGGCCGUUCCUCCUUCUGCACAGUAGUUUGUCCUGUGGUUUAUUUUGUAUUACCUGUAAAUAAAGUGUCUUUAUUUUAAAAAAAAAA